CCUUAACAUUUAGAGACCUCACCUUUCACAAAGAGUAGUCUCUCUCAAGAUUUAACAGUUAACACAAGGUUGCCAUUGUUUCGUCCUUUUUGGCUCAGUGCCUUUCUUGUGUUCUAAUUUCCUUGAGGGGAUCUUUCUUGUUGAUUUGCCCCUGCAUGCCACAGUUGUGCCUUCCUUGAUGAGAGGCUCUUGCUUACCACCAGUGCUAAGCAUUGUGUGCACUUGACAGCUGUGGCAUUCAGGCAGCCUCAUGCUUUUGCAGUUGCAGGUGCCUAUAAAAAAGGAGAUAUGUGGCCAUGUAGAGAGCAGUACUCACAGAUAGAUAGUGAGAUCUGAACUGUGAAAACCACAAGGUGAUAGGUAUCUAAAUAGUGAUCUGAGCUGAGCUUCCUUGCAUCAAAGGCACUGAUUUUCUCAUCUCCUUUUUGCUUUCAAUCCAUCAUCACUUUGUCGUUGCCUAUUUGAGGGGAGAAAAAGAGGGGAAAAAAAAAGGCUGCAUCUGAUCGGUGACACUUUUCAGAUUAUCUGGCUUUUACUAUCACUGCCAAAAGUCAAGCUAGCGGCUCAGAUCGAUCUCUUUCGGUUCUUCAGAAACUUGGUGUCAAAUGGGAGGCUCAUUGGAGUACUUGGCCGGCCUGUUCAGUUGUGGCGAUCAUCACCAUGGCCACAAGAACAGCAAGAGGAGGCAGCUGCAGACUGUGGAGCUGAAGGUCAGGAUGGACUGUGAUGGGUGCGAGCUCAAGGUCAAGAACGCCCUCUCCACCUUGAAAGGCGUCGAGUCGGUGAAGAUUAACAGGAAGCAGCAGAAGGUGACGGUGAGCGGGUACGUGGAGGCCAGCAAGGUGCUGAGGAAGGCGCAGUCGACGGGGAAGAAGUCCGAGCUGUGGCCGUACGUGCCGUACAGCGCGGCGAGCCAGCCGUACGUCGCCGCCGCCGCCUAUGACAGGCGGGCCCCACCCGGCCACGUCAGGAACGUGGAGGCCUCUUCCGCCGCCUACGUGUCCGGCGGCGGCAGGACGGAGGAGCGGCUCACCAACCUGUUCAACGACGAGGACCCCAACGCAUGCUCCCUCAUGUGAUGAAAAUGCAAAAGAGAUCAGAGUAUCUGAGUAGCUAGAUUGAAGCUUUCAAUUUUAAAUUCAGAGGUUUAAAUUUGUACUAGCUUUAAUUUUGGCUGUCUGAGCGCAGUGACCGAAUGAGUUUGCUUGUUUUCGGUAGUUGAUUCUAGUCUAGAGUAAAUUCCAUAAAACUACAAGUAUUUUAAGGAGAUGACUAGGGAUCGGACGUCCGAUCCCAGUUAAAAUUUCAGACAAUGUUUCAUCACAUAAAAGAAAAUGUUGCACAUGUUUCACCACUCAUUAAAAGAUGUUUCAAUAAACUUGUUUCAGAUGUCCGAUCACAGUCAAAAA